AGUAUUAAUUAACACUUCAAACUUCAAAUUCCUUCUUGGAAGCUUCAAAGAGCCAAAACAUCCAUAUUUCAAUUCUCAUUCUAAUAAUACUCUUGUAACUUCUUUCAAUAACUCACACUACUAAACCUUCCUUCGAUUUUGCUUCCCCCUUUCGAUUCAACAAAACUAAUUGAGUAGAAUCCAUCGAUUUUGGUUGCCAUUGAGUAGAAUCCUCAUUUUGAGUAUAUUUUGAGCAGGGUAGUAGAAUUCUGAGAUGGACCGUCGAGGUUGGCCGUGGAAGAAAAAAUCGUCCGAUAAAAUCACAAAGGCGGAUAUACCAUUUGUUACACCUGACUCUGUUGGUUCCACCUUAUCUUCUGUGGCACAUUUAGGAAAUCAGGAAAACUGCACAAAUAAGAACUAUGUUCAAAUUUCAAUGGAGUCAUACACGCGUAUGUCUGGAUUGGAAGAUCAAGUUGUGAACCUGGAGGGUCAAGUAAAAGAUUUGGAAUCAAAGCUAUCAGCAGCUUAUUCAGAGUUAGAUAACAAGGAAAAUCUGGUUAAACAACAUGCAAAAGUUGCCGAGGAAGCAGUCUCAGGUUGGGAGAAAGCUGAUGCAGAAGUAGUUUCCUUAAGAUGUCAACUUGAAUCGAUGACCCUCUCAAAGCUUAGUGUUGAUGAGAGAGCAACUCACUUAGAUGGAGCUCUGAAAGAAUGCAUGAAGCAGAUAAGAACUGUAAAGGAGGAAAGCGAGCAGAAAAUACAGGACGUGAUUCUAAUGAAAUCUCAACAGUGGGAGAAAUUCAAGUUAGAGCUUGAAGCAGAAAUAGACAAAUUGGAUAAAGGACUUCGUGAAGAAGCUCGUGAAAAUGCUGCACUUCUGAGAUCACUACAUGAAAGUUCGAAUAAAAUAGUGAAACUAAAAGAAGAAAAGUCUGAAGUUGAGUCCUCGUUAGAGCUUCAAAAGAAGAAUGUUCAGUCAUAUGAAAAAGAAAUAAAUUCAUUGAAGUAUGAGCUGCAUAUGAUUUCUAAGGAGAUGGAUAUCCGCAAUGAAGAGAAAGACAUGAUUAUGAAAUCAGCAGAAGUGGCAAACAAACAACGCACUGAGGAUGUUAGGAUCAUUACCAAUCUAGAGGGAGAGUGCCAACGGCUUCGCGGUCUUUUGCGAAAGAAGUUACCUGGACCUGCUGCAUUGGCACAAAUGAAGCUCGAAGUUGAAAGUACACGCCACGUCAUUAGUGGAAUCCAUCAAAGAAAAACAAGUAGCUUGCAAGAAUCCGAGUUUCUUAAUAUGUCGAAACAAUUGGAGUUGUUUGAAGAAGAAACAAAGAGAUUGAAAGAAGCUUUGGCCUCAAGUAAAGCUGAACUGCAGGCUUCUAGGAACUUGAACACUACAACAGUUGGCAGACUUAAGAGCUUAGAAGCUGAGGUACAAGUUCUUUAUCAAGAAAGAAGUUCGCAGAAAUCAAAUUUGGCAAUUAAUUACCAAAAUUCUUCAAGUAGAAUUUGUAGCAAUUCACCAAGCAUCACUUCUAUAUCUGAUGGUUGGCAUGAGGAUCCGGAAAGUCCUGUUGAGUCAUCUACAGACUCAACUUCUGAUCAUUUUCAUGUAAGGAGAGUUAGAAGCUCAGUUAAAUUUGAGAGUCACAAAAGUGAAACUAUCUCAGAACUGAUGGACGAUUUCCUCGAAGUGGAGAAAAUGGCAUCUUCAUCAGACAAUGACAGUGUACAGAUUGCUGACAAAGUUAAGAACGACUCUGAAGAUAAACAAUUGAAAUCAAAUGAUGCUUUGGUUGAGAUUCAGCUGAAAUGUAUGACAGAGUCUUAUAAGUCACUUCAAACACAUGUAGAAGAGUUAGAAGCUGAAAAUAAGUUUCUUAAGGAAAAGAUUGAUGAGCUAAAGAAUGAUCUCGAGGAGGAAAAACAAUGUCAUCACGAUAUUUUGGUUAGAUACAAAGAAAUUGAAGAAAAAAUGCCAAGGGACAAGUGCCUGUUGUGUGCAUCGAAUUCGGAAGCAAAUAAUGACAUCAAUACUCGGAAGGAUACGGAACUAGCAGCUGCAGAGAAAAAGCUAGCAGAAUGUCAAGAGACUCUGCAUGUACUUGGCAGGCAAUUACAAGCAAUGAGCCCACAAAUUGGCUCUAAAAGACUUCAAACAAACGAAUCAUCGGUUAAACCGAAUUAUGGCUGGUCAAAUUCUAAUGGCUCCUAUAAUAACUCAGACGAAAUUGAUCAUGCUGAAGCAUACAGUGUAUCUUCUAAUUCUGACAUUCAAGGAGUGAAUGAUGAGUUUUCAUCAUCUCACAACUUUGGUUCCAUGUCAUGUCUAUCAGACGCCGAAUGCAACAUUUCAGUAAAUUCUUCAACAGAGUCAAGCCAGAGUUGUUAUAUGCUUACUGAAUCACAUUCCCAUUCUUCCGGUUCUGCUACCGGGAAACAACAUGCACAUGGUUCGAGUCACUUUUUUUCUUCCAAAGAGAAAACUAGUCACUAGCACUUUUUGUUACUUCUAGGAGUUAUCAGAGGGACCUCACCCAUGAUGUUGUACAUAGAUUAUUAUAUUAUAUAGUAAAAAGUUGUGGACACUGAUGUUUGUGUCUGUGAUUCUCCUGAGUAUAUUGAAUUGGUUUUAAGCCCUAUUUAAUAUUUAAUUGUUCGGACCUACAUCAAAGCUACAAAAUCAACCAAUUCAACCAAUAGAUGUCCAUUUUAUUUUAUAAAAUAUUUUUAGCAUGUGGGACUUUGAUUUUCUUCAUUGACAUUCUUUUUAAUAAACAUUUUUAACAAAUAGGAAUACUAAAGAGUUGACAUCAAGUCAUUAGGAGGGAAAAAAAACUCAUGUAGGUGAAAAGACUAACCAAGCAAAAAAAAAAAAAACUAAGCAAAAAUACAAUAUGAAUUGAUGAGUGUAUCUUGUUUCAUAGCAGUACUUUGUAUAAUCGAUCAUCCUCAACACUUUAUAUAGACAUAUAUUGGAACAAGAAAAAAUGUUCAACUUAAGGAAAUUGGAAAAAACUCUGGAAGAUGCGUGUUCUGCAAAAAGUGAAGUUGUUUUUGUGGCAUGCCUUAUGUGGGUGUCUGCCGGUUCGUGGAAGAUUGAUACAAAAGGAGUACAAUGCGAAAACAAAUGCCCACACUUUGAUCAGAUGGAGGAGAAUGAGUGGCAUUGCUUCUUUGGGUGCACAACUGUUAGAGAUGUUUGGUAGGAAACUGAGGUAUGGCAACUAGUAAGUAAUUACAUUGAUGAUGCUAAGUGGUUUUGUGCCUAUGGUUUUUGACAUGCUCGAGGAAAUAGAUAAUGAAAACAUGGCCAAGAUUGUAAUGAUGCUUUGGAAAAUAUGGUGGAGAAGAAACCAAAAGUGUUGGAAUGACAAAUUCCCAACAAUUUUUGACUUAUGCGAAGAGCAAGAGAGACAUUACAUGAGUGGUUGAGACUUGAGAGUUCAGAUGAAGAACAGCAACAAUACACGCGACAGAAGUGCAAAAGCGAGCUUUACUUGGAGGAAGCUUCAAAUGUAACGUUGAUACCGCCUGCUAUGUAGAAGACAACGUCUACUAUAUGCUGGAUUGUGCAUUUGUGACAGCCAUGGCAGCUUCGUGAAAGCACACCAGACAUUGCAGGCUGUGCAAGCUAUUAAUAUGAAGCAGUCAAAUAACUGAGUUUGGUACCAUUAUUCAUAUGUGUCAUAACUUAACAGCAACAAAUAACAACUUCUGAUGGUUGGCAUGAGGAUCCGGAAAGUCCUGUUGAGUCAUCUGCAGACUCAACUUCUGAUCAUUUUCAUGUAAGGAGAGUUAGAAGCUCAGUUAAAUUUGAGAGUCACAAAAGUGAAACUAUCUCAGAACUGAUGGACGAUUUCCUCGAAGUGGAAAAAAUGGCAUCUUCAUCAGACAAUGACAGUGUACAGAUUGCUGACAAAGUUAAGAACGACUCUGAAGACAAACAAUUGAAAUCAAAUGAUGCUUUGGUUGAGAUUCAGCUGAGUGACUAUUAAAAUCAAUCCAUGAAAAACAAUGGCAGGGAACAUUCUACUAUUUAAUCAAUCAGAUACAGAUCUAUUUUCUCUUCCCUCGCCGAAUAAGGAAACAUUCCUACAAUG